GCCUGAGGGGCGGGUGAACUGGAGACGCUCUACCCAAAGCGCAGCUCUCGAUGAGCCGCGCCCUGCGUCCUCACGCCGAGGCGGCUGGGCGAUGCGCUUGCGCACUCAGAGCUCACACCAUAUGUGCCCUGUCCCAGUGCGCGGGUCUGUGGAGAGCCGGGUGCGAGAGGCGGCAGCGCGAGGGGAACGGAGCUGAACAGAGACCAAAGUCGGCUGGGGGACAUUGGGUCUGUAAGAGACCGAAUAGAGGGGCUGGGACUACGAGCGCCGCUGACACACGAUGGGGAAGAAGCAGAAAAACAAGAGCGAAGACAGGUAAAUACCUAGGAGUGGGAUUGCUGGGUCCUAUGGACCUUUUCCUGAGUCUGGAGCAGCAAGUUCAUGCCAAGGAUGACAUUGAUCUUGAUGCCUUGGCUGCAGAAAUAGAAGGAGCUGGUGCUGCCAAGGAACAGGAACCUCAAAAGUCAAAGGGGAAAAAGAAAAAGGAGAAAAAAAGGCAAGACUUUGAUGAAGAUGAUAUCCUGAAAGAACUGGAAGAAUUGUCUUGGGAAACUCAAGGCAUCAAAGCUGACAGAGAAAGUGCUGCAGUAAAGCCAACAGAAAAUAAUGAAGAAGAAUCCACCUCAAAACAAGAUAAAAAAAAGAAAGGACAGAAAGGCAAAAAACAAAGUUUUGAUGAUAAUGAUAGUGAAGAAUGGGAAGAUAAAGAUUCAAAAUCGAAAAAAUCUGCAAAGCCAAAAGUGGAAAUGUACUCUGGGAGCGAUGAUGAUGAUGAUGAUUUUAAUAAACUUUCUAAAAAAGCUAAAGGGAAAGCUCAGAAAUCAAGUAAAAAAGGGGAUGGCUCAGAAGAUGAUGAGGAUAACAGUAAAAGAAUUAAAGAGCGUUCCAGAGUAAAUUCUUCGGGUGAAAGUGGUGAUGAGUCAGAUGAAUUUUUGCAGUCUAGAAAAGGACAGAAAAAAAAUCAAAAAAAUAAGCCAGGUCCUAAUGUGGAGAGUGGGAAUGAAGAUGACGACUCUUCCUUCAGAAUUAAGACAGUGUCCCAAAAGAAGGCGGAAAAGAAAGAACGGGAAAGAAAAAAGCGAGAUGAAGAAAAAGCAAAACUGCGGAAGCUAAAAGAAAAAGAAGAGCUAGAGACUGGGAAAAAGGAUCAGAGUAAACAAUCUCAAAAGAAAUCUGAAGAAGAAACUAUAAAAUCCAAAGUGACCCUUGAUGUUGGAGCAGUCCCUACUUCUGAAGAGAAAGGAGAGACUCCCACAGCUGCUGAAGAUGACAAUGAAGGAGACAAAAAGAAAAAAGAUAAGAAGAAAAAGAAAGAAAAGGAAGAGAAAGAGAAGGAGAAGAAAAAAGGACCUAGCAAAGCCACAGUUAAAGCUAUGCAAGAAGCUCUGGCUAAGCUUAAAGAAGAAGAAGAACGACAAAAGAGAGAAGAGGAGGAACGCAUAAAACGGCUUGAAGAGUUAGAAGCUAAACGUAAAGAAGAGGAAAGACUAGAACAAGAAAAGAGAGAAAGGAAAAAGCAAAAAGAAAAAGAACGAAAAGAACGCUUGAAAAAAGAAGGGAAACUUUUAACUAAAUCCCAGAGAGAAGCCAGAGCCAGAGCUGAAGCUACUCUUAAACUUCUACAAGCUCAGGGUGUUGAAGUGCCAUCAAAAGACUCUUUGCCAAAGAAAAGGCCAAUUUAUGAAGAUAAAAAGAAGAAAAAAACACUACAGCAGCUAGAAAAUAAAGAAGUGUCUGAACCAAUAGAAUUAAAUGCUGCUGUAGAAGUGGUAGAACAAGGAGUACCAGAAAAGGAAGAGACGCCACCUCCUGUUGAACCAGAAGAGGAAGAAGAAACUGAAGAUGCUGGAUUGGAUGAUUGGGAAGCUAUGGCCAGUGAUGAGGAGAGAGAAAAAGAAGAAAACACGGUGCAUAUAGAAGUAAAAGAAAACCCUGAAGAAGAGGAGGAGGAGGAGGAAGAAGAGAGUGAAGAGGAAGAAAGUGAAGAGGAAGAGGAAGAGGAAGGAGAAAGUGAAGGCAGUGAAGGUGAUGAAGAAGAUGAAAAGGUGUCCGAUGAGAAAGAAGCGGGGAAAAUGUUAGAUAAAAAACCAAGUAAAGAAAUGAGUUCAGAAUCUGAAUACGACUCUGAUGAUGAUCGAACUAAAGAAGAAAGGGCUUAUGACAAAGCCAAACGGAGGAUUGAGAAACGGCGACUUGAACACAGUAAAAAUGUAAAUACAGAAAAGCUAAGAGCUCCUGUUAUUUGUGUACUUGGACAUGUGGAUACAGGGAAGACAAAAAUUCUAGAUAAACUUCGUCACACACAUGUACAAGAUGGUGAAGCAGGUGGCAUUACGCAACAAAUUGGGGCCACCAAUGUUCCCCUUGAAGCUAUUAAUGAACAGACUAAGAUGAUUAAAAAUUUUGAUAGAGAGAAUGUACGAAUUCCAGGGAUGCUGAUUAUUGAUACUCCCGGGCAUGAGUCUUUCAGUAAUCUAAGAAACAGAGGAAGCUCUCUUUGUGAUAUUGCUAUUUUAGUCGUUGAUAUUAUGCAUGGUUUGGAGCCCCAAACAAUUGAAUCUAUUAACCUUCUGAAAUCUAAAAAAUGUCCCUUCAUUGUUGCACUCAAUAAGAUUGAUAGGUUGUAUGAUUGGAAAAAGAGCCCUGACUCUGAUGUGGCUGCUACUUUAAAGAAGCAGAAAAAGAACACAAAAGAUGAAUUUGAGGAGCGAGCAAAGGCUAUUAUUGUAGAAUUUGCACAGCAGGGUUUGAAUGCAGCUUUGUUUUAUGAGAACAAGGAUCCCCGUACUUUUGUGUCCUUGGUACCUACCUCUGCACAUACUGGUGAUGGCAUGGGAAGUUUGAUCUACCUUCUUGUCGAGUUAACUCAGACCAUGUUGAGCAAGAGACUUGCACAUUGUGAGGAGCUAAGAGCACAGGUUAUGGAGGUUAAGGCUCUCCCAGGAAUGGGCACCACCAUAGAUGUGAUACUGAUCAAUGGGCGUUUGAAGGAAGGAGAUACAAUUAUCGUUCCUGGAGUAGAAGGGCCCAUUGUAACUCAGAUUCGAGGCCUCCUAUUACCUCCUCCUAUGAAGGAAUUACGGGUGAAGAACCAGUAUGAAAAGCAUAAAGAAGUAGAAGCAGCUCAGGGGGUAAAGAUUCUUGGAAAAGACCUGGAGAAGACAUUGGCUGGCUUACCCCUCCUGGUGGCUUAUAAAGAAGAUGAAAUCCCGGUUCUUAAAGAUGAGUUGAUCCAUGAGUUGAAGCAGACGCUAAAUGCUAUCAAGUUGGAAGAAAAAGGAGUCUAUGUCCAGGCCUCUACACUGGGAUCUUUGGAAGCUCUACUUGAAUUUCUGAAAACAUCAGAAGUGCCCUAUGCAGGAAUUAAUAUUGGUCCAGUCCAUAAAAAAGAUGUCAUGAAGGCUUCAGUGAUGUUGGAACAUGAUCCUCAGUAUGCAGUGAUUUUGGCCUUUGAUGUGAGAAUUGAACGGGAUGCACAAGAAAUGGCUGAUAGUUUAGGAGUUAGAAUUUUUAGUGCAGAAAUUAUUUAUCAUUUAUUUGAUGCCUUUACGAAAUAUAGACAAGACUACAAGAAACAGAAACAAGAAGAAUUUAAGCACAUAGCAGUAUUUCCCUGCAAGAUGAAAAUCCUCCCCCAGUAUAUUUUUAAUUCUCGAGACCCAAUAGUGAUGGGAGUGACUGUGGAAGCAGGUCAGGUGAAACAGGGGACACCCAUGUGCGUCCCUAGCAAAAAUUUUGUUGACAUUGGAAUAGUAACGAGUAUUGAAAUAAACCAUAAACAAGUGGAUGUUGCAAAAAAAGGGCAAGAAGUCUGUGUCAAAAUAGAACCUAUCCCUGGUGAAUCUCCCAAAAUGUAUGGAAGACAUUUUGAAGCUACAGACAUUCUUGUCAGUAAGAUCAGCCGGCAGUCCAUCGAUGCCCUCAAAGACUGGUUCAGAGAUGAGAUGCAGAAGAGUGAUUGGCAGCUUAUUGUGGAGCUGAAGAAAGUAUUUGAAAUCAUCUAAUUUUUCCACAUGGGGCAGGAAUUGGAAUAAAUGAAAUAUUAUGUCAUAAUACCACCAAGAAAAAACAAGACAAAAAAAUGGAACGGAUGUAUCUGGACACUGAUGAACUUAAGUAUGGAAGGAAAAAAAUAGGUGUAUAAAAUGUUUUCCAUGAGAAACCAAGAAACUUACACUG